AACCUAUUGACUCAUUCCAAACAAAACCUUUUGAAGAUUGCCUCAUCAAGCUACUAUCAAGAGUCGAAAGUGCUCAUUGCCCAAUGGCGAUGGUCGACAGACCAUGUGCUAAUCCUGCGCUUUACUGCAUAGCGAAAGGUAUUCUGCAUCCUAACCAAGGUUUCUCCAUGGCAUGAGUGAAAACUCAUAGGUUAAGGUGAGGCCAUGGAAGGAUGUUGUGGGAAGGUGUCGAGUCCUGAGGAAAGAAGGCCGAAACCAUGGACUGUGGAUCGCAAGUGCACGGAUCUGCCCUGUCUCGUCGUUUUCAUCGUCUUCUUGUUUAUAUUGAUUUUCAUUUCUGCAUUUGCAUUGGUAUAUGGAAAUCCUUUGAGAUUGGUGAAUGGCUAUGACAGCUUUGGAAACACUUGUGGCACUACCAAUGAAAUACUCGGAAACCUCUCUUACUCUGGGAUGGACAUGACUGAUCAUCCAUAUGUAUUUUAUUUUGACAUGACAGACUUGUACCAUUCACUGAGGAUCUGUGUGAAGGAGUGUCCUGGUGAAAGACUGGAUUCUCUUCAAGACAUCUUGUCAUUUUACAAUGAAACUGGAUCAUUGCUAUGCAGGUAUGACUACAACUCUUACUAUGUUCAUCCAGACUCCUCUUUGAAUAUCACUAUACCCUUGACCAGUCCAUUGGGACCAUGUCCACCUCCUCCAAUUUAUGCCAGUUCACCAGUGCUAAACCGCUGUGUCCCAAAGAGGGCACAAGGCGUGAGUGCAGACAUCAUAUACAAUCUCUAUGGAUACCUAAAUAGUAUUCAUCCUCUUCAGCAAAUCAUCAGUGACUUGUAUUCUUCCUGGAGAGAAAUCCUUGGCCUUGUCUUCUUCUCUGUUGGUGAGCCUUGCCCAUCAAAUCUGUACACGAUUAUUGUGAUCUCCUUCAUCAUGGUGUACCUGAUCUAUGUAUUAACAGCAUUGGUUGCCUGGAUUUUCAUGGCCACCGUCUCCAUUGCAGCAAUUGUUCUGACCAGCCUGCUGUGGUGGACAUAUGGCAGCAUUAAGGCUGAACUGGACAUAACCCCACCUGUGGAAAUCUUGGUAGAGAUGGCUGAAAAUGAAACUGCUUUCCUCACUCUGGCCAUCUUAUCCACUAUUGCCACAGUUAUUCUGGUACUGGUAAUGAUAGUGCUGAGGAGACGAGUUGCCCUAGUAGUUCAUUUGUUUUGGGAGGCGAGUGCCUGUCUUCGUGAUGUCCCCCUUCUGUUCAUCCAGCCACUUUGGACGUUUCUCACUCUCCUUCUCUUCUUUCUCUACUGGACUGCUGUCAUGAUCGCACUCUCCACUGCAAAUCAUGCCCAAAAAGAGGAUGUAAUGCGGGAGAUACACAAUGCUCCAUCCAAUCUUAGCCAUUCAAUCCUGCGGACAAUGGAUUCAGGGGAAACCUCUGUUUUAGAUGAAGCCACAGCCCUUCAAAAGGAAUUCAGCCUGAUGAAGUUUGUUGACCCCUUAUGGAUUCAAUACUUUUGGUGGUUCCAUGUCUUGGCCUUGAUCUGGAUCUCAGAGUUCAUCUUGGCUUGCCAGCAAAUGGUCAUAGCAGGCACUGUUGCUCAGUGGUACUUCUACAGGGACAAAGGUGGAGUGAGAUGCAUGGUUUGUCGUGCAACUCGACGCUUGGUUGUCUAUCAUCUGGGCUCAGUUGCACUAGGCUCUUUUGUCAUCACUCUCUUUAAACUUCCCAGGCUCUUCUUGGCCUGGCUCAAAAGACAAUUGAAGAAGCAGGAGGGGUUGUGCAUUGUGGAAUGGGCAUUGAAAUGUUGCCAUGGCUGCUUUUACUGCCUGGAGAAAUUCAUCAAAUACCUCAAUCAUAAUGCUUAUACUGUGAUUGCACUUGAGGGUGUAGAUUUCUGUCCUGCUGCUCGCACAGCAUUUGGAACCCUGGCAUCUAAUGCACUACAAGUGGCUGCCAUCAACAGUGUUGGAGACUUCAUUCUGUUCUUGGGGAAGGUCACUGUUACAGCUGUGACAGGACUUGUCGCUCUCCUCAUUAUGAAAGGGGAUUCACAGCUCCACUAUUAUGCCGUUCCCCUUGUCGUCACAUGCCUCUUUGCUUACUUCAUCGCUCAUUGUGUCUUCUCUGUUUAUGAGAUGGUCAUAGACACCCUGUUCCUGUGCUUCUGUGAGGAUUACAACACGAAUGAUGGCACUGAUGGUCGAGAGUUUCACUCACCGCAGACUCUUUUCCGCUUCAUGACCAUUGAUGCACCUGACUCGCUACAGCAGGAGAGGCACAAUCACAAUACCAAAAGCCCUGGGAAUCGUGAGACAAGACGUCUUGACCCUUCUGUUAUGUGAUCAGUGUUCUCUUUUUAUCACCCGGUUCAUGAUCUUUGUGCACAAUGCUCCCUGUUAUUUCCUUUCUUGAUAUUUUUUCAUGUUUGUUUUGCCCAGUCGGGGUCCUACAUCGAGUCAAAUGUCAUAUAAUCAGAUGAUCUCAUUCAAAGCAUAUUCUCAUCAUUUUUUGCCAUUUUGUGUUGGUUUGCUUUUUUUUUCUUUUUAUUUUACCUUCUGGAGGAUGGAAGAGGUCUUUGUUAUGGUUGUGUCUUCUGUGAUCUCUUUCCAUCAGCAAUUGCAGUUGGGUGGUGAAAGUAAGGAUUCAUUUUUUCGUGCUGUCGAAAGUUGGAGUAUUGAGAAAAGGGCAAGACCUGGGAGAAUGGGGAAGAAUUUGGAGAUAGCUGCUGACUUGCAGAAAAUAAAAAGUGGAAGGGCUGGUAUGAAUCAAGACUUCUGAACUGAACUUCAUUUGAAGCACUCUUCUAAAUACUAUUAGUUUUAACUAUUAAAAAUAUAUAUUAGAAUGCAUUUGUUAAUGUGAUCAGCAUGCUUUUUUUUUAGGAUAAUGUAUUAUCCCUUUUUAUAACUUUUUUAUCAUUGCUUUUACAUAGUAACUUCAUAUAUAGGAGUUACAAUUGUCACAUAUGCCAAAUAUCUAUAAAUACUAGUAUGCUGACUGCAGCUUUUUCGUGCAAAUUCAUUGUUUCAUUUACGC